AUUGAAAGAAGCUGGUUAUUUCCUAGUUGGUCAGUGGUACGUAAACGCACCUCCCCGUCAGUUGGAGUACCUUGGUCUCCGUCAAUAAUCGCCCCGGUGUAGGUUUGUUUGUCGGAUUGUUUCGAUACGUUACCCGGAGGAAGACCGACUGGGCCCGUCUGCCGUCCACACGGAGGCCCGGUGAGUCUCCAACCAGUGAAGGACUGCCUGUCGGCCUGUUUGCCACUUGUUCACCUGUCGACCAUCCCGGUUCUCACCCACUGUUUGUCUGACGAAUGCGUGAGUGACUGCGAUCGUCCUCCCGGCCUCUCUGUCCACAGCUGCGUUAUGACUGUAUGAUGUCUGAGAGCAGCUGCUAUGGCCUGCAGCAGCAGUCAGAGCAAUGCCGAAACUCUGGAGGGGUUCCAUGAGGUGAACUUAGCCUCACCCACCACACCUGACCUUCAGAACCAAGCGGAGCAGCGCCCGCCCGCCGGUCACAGCACCCCGCCCACCUCUCUGUACCGCACCCACUCUCUGGGAGCGCCCUCUACUGGCCUCCCCACCUCCCUGCGGGCCGACCAGCUCCCCACACAGCCGGUGUACUCAGCACCGCGGCACAGCCACAAUGGAAGUGUGCCAGGCAUGGAGACGGAGUCUGCCGAGGGCAACUUCCUCUCUGGAGAGGACGGCGAGGAGUCCUGCGCUCUGAGCGAGAGCCUGUCGCGGCUUCGCAGCCCGUCAGUGAUGGAGGUCCGAGAAAAGGGAUACGAGAGGCUGAAGGAGGAGCUGGCCAAGGCCCAGAGAGAGCUGCUGUUGAAGGAUGAGGAGUGUGAGAGGUUAUCUAAGAUCAGAGACCAGCUCGGCCUGGAGCUGGAGGAGCUCACCGCCAGUCUCUUUCAGGAGGCCCACAAAAUGGUCCAAGAAGCCAAUGUCAAACAGGCAAAUGCUGAAAAACAACUGAAGGAAGCUCUGGGCAAGAUCGACGUCCUCCAGGCGGAGGUCCAGGCCCUGAAGACGCUGGUGCUCUCCUCCCCCACCUCCCCUGUGGGUGAACUCCCCUCUGCAGGAGGCGUGAAGACCCCCUUCAGGAAGGGCCACAGCAGAAACAAGAGCACCUCCUCUGCCAUCUUGGGGACGCAGCCCGACCUGUCGGCCACGGAGCCCAUCAUCCGCGAGUGUAGAGAGGUGGACAGUCAGCUGUUCAGUGAGUUCAAGGCAUGGAAGGAGGAGCCGACGCUCGACCGGAGUUGCUGCUUCCUGGAGAGAGUUUACCAUGAGGACAUCUACCCCUGCCUGACCUUCAGCAAGAGCGAGCUGGGUUCGGCCAUCUUGGAAGCCGUGGAGCAGAACACACUUAGUGUGGAGCCGGUCGGUUUCCAGCCGCUGCCUGUGGUCAAAGCCUCGGCGGUGGAGUGCGGAGGACCAAAUGGACGAAGCACUGAGCUCAUCACAAAAUGUGCCCUCAGCGGUCAGACCAAAAGCUGUAAGCACAGAAUCAAGUUUGGAGAUUCAUCCAGCUACUACUACGUGUCUCCUUACUGUAGAUACAGAAUCACAGCAGUGUGUAACUUCUUCACCUACAUUCGCUACAUCCACCAAGGGCUGGUCAAGCAGCAGGAUGCGGAGCAGAUGUUCUGGGAGGUGAUGCAGCUCCGCAGGGAAAUGUCCCUCGCCAAACUUGGCUACUACAAAGACCAGCUGUGAAGGACGGACAGACGGCCUCUCCCUCCAAUCACAGUAGACUCUGUCCUGGUCCCGGUUCUCCUCCUCUCAGCCUGUCAUUUCAGGAACCCCCCACCUUACGUUUUCCCUUCAUGUGAGUGUGAGAGAAUAGCUGUGAUUGUUUUCAAUCAUCACAAAAAAGACUGAGCGACUAGUGAUGUCUGGUGUCGUUACUGGUCUGGAGCGUUACUGGGUUUCUGGUGAGUCUGAAUCCAACAUAUAUUUCCUGUAUGGACAUGUAGCACUGAUACAUAGAUGACUGGCAUGAAAGAA